UAGGGGUCAGGAGCACAAAUUAAAGCGAACUAAUCGGAGUAAAAGAAGAAAAAGUGUUAUUGUGAUUGGCUCGUUUCAAACUGGGAGCGCCAUUCCGUUUCCUUGACUGCUGUUGUCCUGUUCUGAUGGGUGCGAGCGUUCUUGUGUGACGUUUGCCUAAUUUUGCGGACUUUUCUUCCACAUUUCUCUUCGGAUAUAUCCUUCUGCUCUAUAAUGUGUCAAGGCGAUGUACCAGGUGGACAAAGUGAAGGAGAUGCUGAGACAGCAAAACGCCGGCCACGCGAGCCAGUGCGCCGAGGCCUUGUCACGUGACCUCCAGCUGGCCAAAGACGAAGAGAUAAGCGCUCACCAGAACAUCACGCUGUUUGAGGAGAAGCACCUGACAGAACGUCAAAAGUGGCGGGAGGAGAAGAUGGCGCUGAUUGGUCAAAUUAAGGAGGCGGAGGACAACCGCAACCAGGAAAUGAAGAAGUUUGCGGAGGACCGAGAGCAAUACCUGGCCCGGCAGGCCGAGCUGGAGGCGGAGCUUGCGUUGCAAAGAGCAAAUGAUGGUGAACUGAAGGCGGGAGAGAGACACGCUGGUCGCCGCCUUGGAGGUCCAACUUCACAAGCUUCUCGCCAGCCAGGCUGACAAAGACAAAAUCAUCCAGCAGCUUCGCGACAACAGCGAGCAGUUGGUGCAGCCGCCGCCGCCACCUUUCUUUCGGGUUUGUCUUCAUGCUGAGGUCAGACCAAAGCCAGCUGAGCGUUUCUGGUGCCGGGUUUCUGUUUUUAGUACCGUAUUUUCCGCCCGAUAAGGCGCUAUGGAGUAUAAGGCGCGCCUUUAGUGAAUCUCCUAUUUUAAAACUGUUUUCGUACAUGUAGCGCACUGCAUUAAAAGGCGCAUAGAAUAGAAGCUACAAUAGUGG